AUGAGCAUCAAGAACGAGAAAAGAAGUUGGAAGGGUCUAAACCCAGACGAGCAGAUAGAGGCGGCAUUAGAGGAUGGGCUCUCCGGGGACAGGUCGGGGAUCGACGGGAAGCCUGUUUAUGCAGAACUUGCUGAGAGCACUAAACCCGGGUACGAGGCGAUGAUGGAGGUUUGGAAAGCGUACGAAAGGAAAUAUCCGGGGUCCGAUCCUCGCAGCAUGGAAGUUAUGAAACACUUCGCCGAAGUGGUCGGACGCGCGACGCCUGGUAGGCUGGACAAGGAAAAGGCCCUGGAUAAGAACAAGAAACGGGCGACGGUCAAGACGAUACGGAAUAAGAUUCGAAAGUUCAUGUCGCAAUGGCAGAGGGAGACUCACCUUACCAUCCCUAAAGACGUUCAUGACUCGAUGGCUCCUUACAUCAAACAUGUGCUUAGAUACAAAAUUCCGCUGUCCAUCGAGGAGAAAGAACCCACCUAUUUGACGAUAGAGAACUAUGUCGCUAUGGAAGAGUUCCUCUGGCUGAACGAUCAUCACGAUUACGCCCAUGAAGCGAGCCGAGUGGACUGCAGUGCCCUAUUGAAGAUGCACUGCUACACCUCUGCAAGAUUACAAGAAAUCUGCAAGGCAAAGUACAAGGACCUUCUCUGCAUGGUCGCAUGGAAAGACGGAGAGCCGGAGAUCAAGAUACGGUUCAAAAGAGAACACACAAAAGGCAUGCAAGACAAUCCCAACAAACCGAAGCAUCCGCUAUACGAGAGACUGAAUCCUACGCCUCCUUUGCUCGUCAACGGCCUUUUGUUUUUAUUGGCUGUCAUUAUUUCGGCUGGCGCAUUUAAGGACUACAACACCAUCGAGGCGGUCCUCGAUGCCAGACCGCCGCCCAGGAGGAGGUUUAUGAUCAUGGAGUGGGCGGACGCCGUUUUGGACGACCCAGUCUUUCCCGAGAUGUCCGCAGAUGGAGUAACCAAGAAAGUAAAGAACGAGUCCGCAUGGGGCACCAGUGUUCCGAUUGGGCGAAAAGGGCUGGCUUUCCAGGAGGGAUGGGACUACAUGCCUCUCGCCGCGAAGCGCUGA